ACUCUUAACAGCGUUGGGCAGCUAUCUUCAGAAUUACGUGAUUCAAUACAAAAAAGGAUUUGGCGAGCAUCCCGUUACCGAUCAAUGUCUGUAGAUAAUGACUGGAAGCAACAACUGGAGGCUGCUGAUGAAGAGAACUUUGAUGCUCAGUGUUCUAUAUGUUUUGCCAUGCCCCGCGAAAUUGUAUUAAGUCCUUGUAAUCACGAUGGGUUCUGUGCAGAAUGUGCCAAAAUGAUGCAUUCGUGUCCGUUUUGUAGGACGUCGAUAUCUUUCAGACGACCAAUGAAUAGUGAUCAAACAGAGUUACCGCGCACCCCUACCAAACUCUCGAUGUCGUCGACAUCUGGUUCAUCCUCACUUUCAUCACCAUCCACUGCUAUUGUUCUACCCCCAACACCACCACAUUCACGUCCUGCUUCAUCAAUUACAUCAUGGGAACCAGACACGUUAAAUGGACUGGCGUAG